GCCGUUGUCUCAAUUCACCAGGACAGUCAGCAUCUCGUGGCUACCUUUUUCCGGAUUGCGAGUGUGCAACCGCGCCAUUGCCAACUGCGAGGCUGGCAUGUCUUCAGCGCGUGUCCUACAACGAACCCCCUGGUCUGCUACGUCCCCUCGACAAUUGCCAUGUUUAGAAGCUGUAGUCUACCUCAUCCGCGUACCUGUUCUUUUCCUUUCUUUACCAACGUUUCUGUCUGUCCCUGCAUCUUCACUACUGCGUUCAAGGCACGCCUGCUUUCCAAUUAGCGACUUUCUCACGCCUUCAGCUGCUGGCCAGUCGCCAGAUUCUGUUGCAUCGCUUUCAUCGUAACGUCUCCAAUGCCUGAGCUUGCCCUCACCUGUUCGAAGAGUUGCUGAGACUGAAAUGUCCACAUGGUAGUUUGGGUGUCUUGAGCUGAAGCACAGACACUUCUCUGUGAGGCGGGACGAACGAGGCAAAAUGUCAUCUCGGGGGGGAAACAGCCUUGCCCGCUCUUCCUUUCUACGCCGUCCACACUGGAACCCACUCGCGUUCUUUCCUUCUUUCGUUGUUUCUGCCCGCUCUCGGAUAGCGGCUAAACGGUCGAGAGCAGACGUUCUUUGCACAAUGAGGAAAAACGCGUACAGGCGCUGACGUGUAGGUGUCACGGACUCCGUUUCGUUCCCGCCUUCUUAUUUCGGGUCGCGGUCUCGUCAGCGUAGCGACCAGUUUGAAAGAAAACAAAGUGUAGUUCCUCCUUUUUGCUGGUGCGGAAAUGAGUGACGAAGAGGACGACAUUGAAGAUGUGAGGGGAGAGGCCAGGGCCUUUCUCUCCCCUCGUCCGUCUUCUUCGUGGCCUUCCCGUCCCCUCUGCAGACCGCUGACAGCGCGCGCGGCGUAUCCCCCCCCUUCGCGGUUGUCUUCAUCUCCUCGCUCCUCUUUACGUUCGUUUUCUUCGUCUCCUGUGUCUGCUUCCUCCGUUUCGGGUGCAAGUGUUCCCUCUUCUUGUUCCCUCUCGGGGUGGGGGAGGCCCGACGUCCAGGUCCGGAAACCUGCCGGGGAGUCUCUGUCUCCUGCUUCCAUGGCGACGUCGCCGUCUCCAGUGGAUUCGUCUCCCGGCGUCUCAUGUUGCUCUUCUGCUGCCUCUCUACCUUCUUCCCUCCCUUCUUCUCUCUCUUCGUCUUCUGCCCAUCCCACGGACGAGGGCCGAGAAGGGACAUUUGCCCGCGAAGGAGAGUUUCUCGAGAAAAGCGAGAAGGAGCGGCGCCUCCACGCUCCUGGCCUGUCAGAGGGAGACGAGGGGCACCAAACGGAGUCGACAGCCCAGUCGCUCGGGGGGCUGUCGUCUCUGCCUCUCCUUCCUUUUUCCACAGACGCUGACUCGCAGGUCUACCCUAAAAACUCCCCGAAAGAAGACCCACCGUCCUCGGAAAAAGACCAAGCACUGGCGACUGCGGGAGCCCAUGCAGUCGAGGAGCUGCUUGCUGCAUGCAAUGGCCUUCUCUCUCAGGUGAUCGGGAGCCAGGAGGAGCGGGGGGGCGGACCUGGGUAUCUAAGUGCGUCUCUCGCGUUUCCCCACAACCACCACCAGUCGCUGGUGAAUGCCAUGAACGCCGUUUUUGAUUUCUGGCCCCUCACAGGUCAGGCGCAGCCAGAGUGUCUGACGGAAUUCUGCAGUCUGAUCUCUCGCAGCCAGGACUUGUGGACCUCGAAGAAGGCCGUCGCUCCGCAGACGCAUGCCCCUCCCAAGCCGGACAGCCGAGACGACAGAUCGCAGUCGUGCGCCUCUCUGCCGCCUUCUCGGUCGCUGAUUCUCGAACCCAGCAACGACGAAAUGGAGGACCUUUUUGCGGUGCUGACGUCUCCGAACCGGUCCCUCGAGAGGAAGAAAGCCAGCGGGAGAAACGCAGAGACAAGAGGCCAGGCGACCGCCUCGGCGGCGAACGGGUCUUCUCGGAGAGAUGCUCUGAACUCUGCAUGCAUGGACGUCGAGAGUGGAGGUGCCUCUUCUCUACUCUCGUCUCUGGCGGAUGCGCCGCCUGUAUCUCUCGGGCUUCCCGGGACCGUGACCGUGAGCAGCGGGGACGAAGCCAUCAACGAAGUUAUCCCUGACACUGCAGAGCUCGAUGACGACCUCGACUGCAGCCUCGUUCCCCCUCCGGCCUUCUGGAGCGAGAAACACGAGACCUGCCAAGAGGCAGUGCCUCUGUUUUCCCAGGAGGACCUUCCUCUCUCCCGUCGACAACCCAAUGGGUCCAAAUCCAAAGGCCCGACGCCUCGUUCCUCGAAGAAGCCGCCCCUUCGCCGAAGCCGAGAUGAUGAGUCACAAGCUCUCCUUUCUGAGGUCGACGUCGACGAAGACGAAAGCAUUGCGAGCUGGGCAACCGCAAGGCGAAGAAAAGCUCCCUCAGCUUCUCCCACUCCGGCGUCUCCGCGCGCAGAGACUGGCGGCGGCGGCGAGGGAGAAGCGGACCCGUUUCAUGUCGCUUUUCAGCGCAUGCAGAAGAUCUUUGGUCGGGGCGCUGCCCGGGAAGAACAACAGGGGAGGGACCUCGAGGACAGAAGAAGGACUACGCUCGUUUGUGGGGCGAGUGCGGAAGAACUCGUGCGAGACCUCCCAGCUCACCUUCGGAGGUGGUUUGCGAAAGACUUCCCCUUCUCUGCUCGUGUCGACCGCAUCAACAAGGAGGUGUUUGGAUACACGGACUUCAGGGGCUUGCAGCUGGGGGCAAUCAACGCUGUCAUGAGCGGCCGGGAUUGCUUCCUGGUCAUGCCGACAGGGGGCGGGAAAAGCCUGUGUUACCAGCUUCCCGCCUAUGCUCUGGGAGGCCUGACGCUCGUCAUUUCUCCGCUCCUCGCUUUGAUGGGCGACCAACUCCGUUCGCUGAAGAACCUUGGAGUCGAGGCAGCGAAGAUCGACGGCGAAAUUUCCAAAGGCGACCUCCUCGCCCUCUACGACGAACUCAGUCAGCCGUCGUUUUCGCUUCGCGUCCUCAUGGCGACGCCGGAGUUCCUCGCCCGCUCGGAGGCCUUAACGACUGUCCUGCGAAGCGUCCACGCUCGAGGCUUGCUGAGUCUCUUGGUGGUCGACGAGGCCCACUGCGUCUGCCAGUGGGGGGAAGACUUCCGCGCCGACUACCUUUCUCUGGGGAGAUUGAAGAAGACGUUUCCAGACGUCCCGCUGCUGGCUCUGACUGCCUCCGCCUCUCCCGAUGUAUUUUCGGAGGUCAAGCGCAUUCUGCGAAUCCCGAAGUCGGUCGACUUCCGCAUGUCGAUUAACCGGCCAAACUUGUUCCUGGAAGUCCGCGAGAAGUCUCGUCAGACCAUCUACGACAUCCACCGUCUGCUCUCUUCGCCGGCUCUGAGAAACGAGGCAGGAAUCAUCUACUGUCUCUCCAUCAAAGACUGCGAAGUGGUGGCAUCGCACCUCAUCUCUCUGGAUAUUCGUGCGGCUCCGUAUCAUGCCAAGAUGGCUUCUCGGAGACGGCAAGAAACUCAAGCUGCGUGGAUGGCAGGAGACAUCGCAGUGAUUGUCUCCACUGUCGCCUUCGGCCUUGGCGUCGACCGCCCCGACGUGCGUUUCGUCUUUCACCACUCCAUGCCUCCAUCCUUGGAAAGAUAUUACCAAGAAAUCGGUCGCGCUGGCCGCGACGGGUAUGCCUCGCGAUGCAUUUUGUUUUACUCGCCGGGAGACGUGCAGCGAGUCUCGAAGCUGCUGGUGCGACCCAAGCGGGGCUCGGGGGGUGAACGUGGAGAGAAGGGCAGGCUGGGCCGUCUGGAGAAGAUGGUUCACUUUUGCGAGGCGUCGGUCGAGUGCAGGCGGCAGCUGCUGUUGCAUGCGUUUGACGAAGAACUCUGCGAGACUGCGCCGACUGGCUGUGGAGGCGAACAGAGCGGGAGUGGACCAGGAGACAGGUCAGGAGCCGGAGAAGACGACGAAGAAGCAGACGGGUUGCAGACGAGAGCGAAGGCGGAAAACAGCUGGAUGAGAAAAGGGAAAAUCUGCGCACGCAGCUGCGACAACUGCUGGAAGAAAACGCACUUGACUGUCCAGUACCACGAUGUGACCGUCUACGCCCAGAAACUCGUCCUGCUUCUGCUCGCUCAAGAGAGGACCUGCGGCACGGGAUACGGCUCCGGGUUGACGCGCAAGCAGCUCUGCGACGCGGCGAGAGGCGCAGUGCGCCAGCAGCCGCUUCAGGACAAAAUGAGACACAACGAGCACCUCGGCUGCAUGAAAGGCAUUGCCACAGGCGAUAUCGAGACGCUGAUUAGGCACAUGGUGAAGGAUCGCUGGCUUGUCGAGACCGUCGUCAGCAAGAAGGGACGGUUCGCAUCCUACGUCGUUCUUAGACCCGGCGAAGCAGCACAUACACCUCUCAGGGGACCUAAGCCUCUGAUAGUGCCCAAUUUCUUGCGGCCUUCCUCCGCGCCCCGUCAGCAGUCCCCGAAGAUCUCGUCGUUGAACGUUUCUUUGAGCCGGUCGCCGGACGAAGAGACUUCGGUGAAGAACUCGGAAGAGCUAGACAGUUCUUUGUCGUGCUUGUGCACGGGGAGUUCCGAAGGCGUCGGCCCUCACCUUUCCGGCGCCUCGAAGUACAGACGAGAGCCGUCGCUGCCUCUGAGGAAGAAACAGAGGUUUGUUGUCGUUCCUGAGGUCUCUGAGAAGGACUCCACAAACAUCGGCGCGGGCCAUGCGCCUUCCGAUGCGCAUUCUGCGGCGUCGAGGGGGGAGGACCCGGACUUAGGCGGAGACCUAGACAAUCUUCUUGGUCUUCCUCUGGACUCCAGCGAAAGGAGUCCGUCCUCCCUUGCGACAGGGGAAUGCGGCAGGUUCGAAGAGAUGGGAAAUGCUCUCCGAUCGGGCUCGGCUUCUGCGAAGCGGCCAGUGUCUUUGCAGCAGCUUCUUCGAGAGGGGCGAAGAGCCGACGGGGCAGGGGGAGAUCAGGAAGGGAAGGGAGACAGCCAGAGAGAGAACGAGGGGAAUCACAUAAAUUCAACAUCUUCUUCUCUCCACUCUUCUUCGCCUUCCUGUCGCCCUCCCUCCACGGCGGCGAUGAUUUGGAAGGCCUUGUCAGCGGACGCGCCGCUGACGGAGGCUGACACCUCAGAGCAAGACGAAGCAGUUGAAGUCGAAGGAAGUUUCAGUAGAAACGCGCCUCCAGUGGCCUCCUUUGGUUCACUUGAUCUUGAGAAAGGAGGAAAGGUCAUUCCAGACGAGUGGCCAGGCUUCGAAUCGAAGCCGGGGUCGCCCCCUUCUCCUUCUUGUAAGAGUCCACCACUCUCUGGGCCAGGGGGGCAGAACGGAGCAUUCGGCCUGCAGCUGCACCAGAAGAAACGAAGGCAAACGACUUUGUCGUCUUUCGUGAGGCCGAAGAAGCUGGCUGUCGGAAGCGAAGAAGCGACGCAUGUGCAGGAACAUGCCAGACCGGAAGGAGAUGAAGAUAGAGAAAGAAUAGGUGUGGGAGAGGAGCGAAUCGUGCUCUCACCUCUAGCCGAACAGCCGGGAGCUGUUUGGACGCAUAGAGCAAAAGAGAAGGAACCCGAAGACAGCAAGGCGGAAGUGGCUGAAGCCAUUCGCCAGGCACAAAUUGAUGCCAUGAAACGAAAUGGGGUCACACGCAAACUUCCCACAAGCUGGCUCCGAAGAGCUUGAAAACAUGCAUGUAGGGAACUGUCGGUAGAGCGCGCUGGUUUUCCUCAGUCGUGUCAGAAGAAUACCGGAUCCGCUGGCACCCCUUUGUCUGGCGGUGAGUCUAUGGAACAAACCCAC